GCGGGUCUUGGUCCCCAUGAGCGGAAGUAGCGCUAUUCGUUUCCCGAGUGGUACGGAGCUGAUGCCGAAAGUGAGCCCACGAGGGAGGGCUGCAGCCCAGGCUCCCCGCGGGGCCCGGUGCGGCGGGGAGGACAGCGGGGGCCUGGAGCCUGGGGCUGCGAUCCGCGACCUGCGGAAGGGCACAUCCAACAUGUCAUUUGAGGAGCUGUUGGCAUUGCAGAGCCAAGUGGGGACGAAGAAGUACAAACAAUUGAUAGCUGGAACCAGCAUUAGGAAGCAAGAUUCUAGACCAUCUGUCAAAAAUGCAUGUGUUGCGGAUAAGCACAAGCCUCUGGAAAUGUCGGCGAAGGCCCGGGUGCCAUUUUUGCGUCAGGUUGUCCCCGUCAGUAAGAAGGUGACCCGGGACCCCCGCUUUGAUGAUCUUUCAGGGGAAUAUAAUCCUGAGGUGUUUGACAAAACAUAUCAAUUCCUGAAUGAUAUCCGGGCCAAAGAGAAAGAGAUUGUGAAAAAACAAUUGAAGAAGCACCGUUCAGGGGAGGAGCGUGAGAAACUGCAGCUGCUGCUUCAGCGAAUAGAGCAGCAAGAAAUGGCACAGCAGGAUCGAAAGCAGCAGCAGGAGUUACGCCUGGCCCUGAAGCGGGAGCGGAGGGCUCAGGCCCAGCAGGGCCAUCGGCCGUACUUCCUGAAGAAAUCUGAGCAGCAUCAGUUGGCCCUAGCUGAGAAGUUCAAGGAGCUGAAACGCAGCAAGAAGCUGGAGAGCUUCUUAAGUCGAAAGAGACGCCGAAAUGCAGGCAAGGACAGGAGACAUCUCCCCUUGAGCAGAGAGUAAUAAGCAACUGUCUUCAGCUCUGCCACUGCCCCAGUGAGACAUGGAUCUGUGGGGACAACCUUGGGCUUGGCCUGUUCUCUUGGCCAAGGGCAGGAUCACAGCUGCCCUUGAACUAGUUGGCUUAUAGAAGACUAGAGGGUUCUUGAACUGCCCUUAGGGCUGGGCAGGAAGUGCAGCUCAGGCCUCUGCUCAGAUCUAGAUCAUCAUAUCUUCGGAUCCUUCUCCCACCUUUGCCUUAAACUGAUGCCUCUGGUACAGAAGAAAAGACCAGUGAAGGCCACACAGUCUGUUGAUGGCUCCCAGGGCUGGGCCUUUAUGCAGGAGUCACUUUAUAAACAUUCUUAACAUUCUUAUUACUCAUCUUUUUAUUCUGCUUUUCUGUGGGAUUUGUGGGUGGCUUAGAGUUACUGUUUUCGUGGGCCAUGUGUAUGGGGUAGGCAACAAAGCCUGUGGCUUCUACAAAGUGGGAAGUCACAUCAGAGAUCCUCCUACUUAAACGUUGACCCCCAAAAGAUGACACCAUUAUUUAAAGGAUGAACCAGUUCCACAAAGGGAAACUCACCCACUUAGCUUUGAUUUUGGAUUCAAGGGGAGAUAGAAGGUGGGGACAAAAAGAUUUUCUAAUAGUAUGUACCCACAGCUGGCCCUCAUACUGUUUGGGAACAGAAUUCAUAUUACCAAUGUGAUCUGGAAAUCCCUCAGGCUGAUGAUGCAGUCAUGAUCUAUGUCUGCUACAAGACAGAGUUGACCUCCACAUACAUACCUUCAGACUGCUACUUCUCCCCUCAACCAGGACCCACAGUGAACAUUGGAAAGCUCUGGGCUUCUGGGCUUUUUUCUUUUUGGUAGCAGCUUUAUUGAAAUAUAAUUCAGAUACCAUAAAAUUCACCCAUUUAAAACAUAAA